AUGCAGAGAGAUGGCUCUGAUCUGGUCCCCACCUGGCAGGGUCUCCGGCUGCCACCCAAGUUCAGGACCAGCACCAGGAUCUGCAGUGGGCCCCUGGCUGGGCACACCUCAUCCCAGCCUCCCCCUACCCCUGGCCCUCCAUGAGCCUCCUCCUCCUGGGCUUCCAGGCUCUGCUGGUCAGACCUCCCUCCCUGCCCAACGGGAAUGUGUUUUCCCAGGGGACGCUGCUGUCCACCAGGAGCUCUGUGGCCUGGGAUUUGAGGAGUGCCUGGAGUCAAUCCCCCAGGCUCACCAGUGCUACUUAACAAAUAGGCCCAAGAGAAGGAAGUGCAGCCCCCGAAGGAGAAGCAGAGCCCCUGCCUGGCUAUGCGGGGGCUCAUCCCCUUGUCACCAGGGGCUCGGCCAUGAGCAUACGUCCAGCGGGCCCAGCACCAACUGCAGCCCCAGGCCCACUGCUCAGUGGAGCGUGGAGGACGAGGAGGAGGCCGUCCACGAGCAAUGCCAGCAUGAGAGACACAGGCAGCUUCAGGCCCAGGACGAGGACGGAGGCAGCCAUUUCCCCGAUCGGCCGGAGCAGGAGAUGCUCCUCAGCCUGAAGCCCUCAGAGGCCCAUGAACUGGAUGAGGACGAGGGCUUUGGUGACUGGUCCCAGAGGCCAGAGCAGCGGCAGCAGCACGAGGGGGCGCAGGGCACCUCAGACAGCGCAGAGCCCCGCUGGUGCAGGAAUCCUGAGGGGGAACAAGAGGACAGAUCCAGCCUGCAAGCCUGCGAAAAGGAGGACAGUGACGAUGUCCACCUGGAGGAGUUGAGUCUGAGCAAGGAGGGGCCAGACACAGAGGACACUGUCCAGGACAACCUGGGGGCCGCAGGGGCUGAGGAGGAACAGGAGGAGCACCAGAAAUGUCAGCAGCCCAGGACACCCAGCCCCUUGGUCUUGGAGGGGACCACUGAACAGAGCUCGCCUCCCCUGAGCCCUACCACCAAACUCAUCGACAGGACCGAGUCCCUAAACCGCUCCAUAGAGAAGAGUAACAGUGUGAAGAAAUCCCAGCCAGACUUGCCCAUCUCCAAGAUUGACCAGUGGCUGGAACAAUACACCCAGGCCAUCGAGACCGCUGGCCGGACCCCCAAGCUAGCCCGCCAGGCCUCCAUAGAGCUGCCCAGCAUGGCCGUGGCCAGUACCAAGAGUCGGUGGGAGACGGGUGAGGUACAGGCUCAGUCUGCGGCCAAGACUCCGUCCUGCAAGGAUAUUGUGGCUGGAGACAUGAGCAAGAAAAGCCUCUGGGAGCAGAAGGGAGGCUCCAAGACCUCAUCAACAAUUAAGAGCACCCCAUCUGGGAAGAGGUAUAAGUUUGUGGCCACCGGGCAUGGGAAGUAUGAGAAGGUGCUUGUGGAAGGGGGCCCAGCUCCCUAGGCCUCCCAUCUCGCUUCCUGGGUCUGCAGGUCCAGCCGGGUUGCACCCUCCAUGUACCUAGGGGAGAUUCCAGCCAGACACCCGCCCCCUGGCCCUGGCUAAGAAGUUGCUUCCCGUUGCCAGCAUGACCUACCCUCGCCUCUUUGAUGCCACCCACCGCCACCUCCUUUUGCUCUUGGACCCUUUAGCCUCUCUGCCCUUCCACUCUCAGACCACCGCCCCCCACCCACCCCAGCUCUGCUUCUCAUUACUUGGGGGAGGAAAGAAACUCCUGAUCAUUGGCCAAAGGGACUUACCCCUGGAGAGGCCAAGUGCCUUCUAGGAAGUUAGGAGGUUGAGGCACAGCCUGUGCAGAGAGGGCGGGUCACCCCCCAGAUCCAAGGGGAAACUGCAGGUCAAGGGCUGAUAACGGCCAUGCAGGAUGCUUGAUGCUGCGUCCCCCCCGCACUCUGCUUGCCGCCCCCCACCCCGCCAUUUUGUAUAAUAAAGCUUCCUGUGUAUUCUCA